GUGACUAGUGACCUACUCAAUCUAUAGAUAACUAGGUACCUACUGUUAUCUAUUGAUAUGAUAACCAAUAGAAUAUUGGCGCAUCAUUGUUAUCAAGCUAAGUCGCUGACAAGUUGACAUAGACCCGUUAAUCGUACUCAAGAGUCUGAUAUAGACUGAAUAUAUUGGAGCAAUAUUUAUUAUUAUAAAACAUGCAAACAUACGUGACAAUACAAUAAUACACUUUAGAAUCAGUGAACAUCUGUUUAAACUAAGUACUUACAAGUAGAAUACUUUGAGAAUACUGGUAAAGUCGAUUUAUCGACGUGUAUACUUAUAGUAAUCUAGUAUUGAUUGGAUACCUACAUUAUAUUACCACGGAUAACAAUGGACUCGCACGCGUACCGGCAGAUCGGACAGAGUUCUAAUGGAGUGUCUAUCGAGAUGGACCUGCUGCAGGUGGGAUCGGAGCCGGUGGGCAUGCGCUGCCCUCACUGCCAGGAAGACGUCAUGACUCGAGCCACUUACAGGAACACCACCACCACACACGUCGUAGCGCUCGUGCUCGGGAUUCUGUUCUGGUGGCUGUGUUGCUGUUUAAUUCCAUAUUUUACCAAAAGGUGGAAAAACGUGGAGCAUUACUGCCCCAACUGUCAAAGAUUCCUCGGAGUGUAUGCGAGGACGACCGUUAUUUGAUUAUUACCAGGAGAAAAUAUGGGUGAAGUAAGAAAUGGUAUGUAGUCGUGACUAAGUAAGUCAUAAUAGGAUGUACAAGUAACGCUAAGUAUAAAAAAUGUUAAAAGGGCUCUGAGGGGUCUCAGUGCUCUCACCCAGUACAACAUUUAUGCCAACUAAAUAACUAUUAAAACACGAAAAGUUAAAGUAAUACUUUCAUUCUUUGUUAUCUCGACAGUUUUUACCACCAACUUGUCGUGAUCAAACUUUAAUACAAUAUUUUGUAACCUCUUUACUGAUUGUAAAAGUAAAAGAAUAUUAUAUUUCUAAGCAUUUAUUAUUGUAAGUAUAACUUUUAACGAUACCUAGUC